AUGUCCCAGCCCGGGGGCCCUGGGAGGAGGAGGCCUAGGUCCCUAGGGCCCCUGGUGCGCAGCAUCCGGCCCUUUAAGUCCAGUGAGCAGUACCUGGAAGCCAUGAAGGAGGACCUGGCUGAGUGGCUUCGGGAUCUGUACGGACUGGACAUCGACGCGGCCAACUUUCUGCAGGUGCUGGAGACGGGCCUGGUGCUGUGCCAGCAUGCCAAUGCCAUCACUGAGGCUGCCCUGGCCUUCCUGGCUGAGGCACCUAUCCAAGCCCAAAGGAUUCUCAUGCCCCGGACUGGGGUUCCCUGCAAUGGGGCCGCCCAGCCAGGCACCUUCCAGGCCCGGGACAAUGUCUCCAACUUCAUUCAGUGGUGUCGCAAGGAGAUGGGCAUCCAAGAGGUGCUGAUGUUUGAGACCGAGGACUUGGUGCUGCGCAAGAACGUGAAGAAUGUGGUGCUGUGUUUGCUGGAGCUGGGCCGCCGGGCCUGGCGCUUCGGCGUCGCGGCGCCCACCCUGGUGCACCUGGAGGAGGAGAUCGACGAGGAGCUGCGGCAGGAGCUGGCGCUGCCCCCGCCCGACCCCCCACCGCCCGCGCCCCCAGUGCGCCGGCCCUGCCACUUCCGCAACCUGGACCAGAUGGUUCAGAGCCUCAUGAGCCACUGCACAUGCCCGGUUCAGUUCUCCAUGGUCAAGGUCUCUGAGGGGAAGUACCGCGUGGGGGACUCCAACACCCUCAUCUUCAUCCGGAUCCUCCGGAACCACGUGAUGGUGCGUGUGGGGGGCGGCUGGGACACUCUCGGCCAUUAUCUGGAUAAACACGACCCCUGCCGGUGCACAUCCCUCUCACACAAGACGGGCAGCUUCCGGAAGCCUCCGGCCCCACCGGCACAGCAUGAAGUGAGGGUGCAGGACGGGCCCUCGCAGCCCCAGCCUACGAUGACCAUCAGCCGCUCCCAGAGCCCGCUGCCCCCUGUGGACUGGAAGACAUAUACCUCCUCAGGCCGGAAGUUGAGGCCCCCCACGCCGUCCUCCCUCAGACCCUGCAGUGACUGGGGAGCAGGGGCAGGGGGCCUCCAAGAGACAGCACCAUUCCUGAGGCAUCAGGAGAAAUCUUUCAUCCCGCCUCGGAGGCAGCUGCCAGCGGGGGAUAGCCCAUCUGGCCCUCAGUCCUCUCCCACCCAGAGGGUCCAAGACCCAUGGUGUACUUCUUCAAGGAAGAGAGAGGACAGACACACUCCUGACCUUGCCCAGGGCAGGACUCCCACAUCUUGGGUUCAAGAGAAGACAGAAGGUUGGAGAAGCCACGCCAGGACCCCCACCCCUCAGAGACUCAGAACUCCUGAAACUAUUGCCAAAGGGACACCAGCAAGAGGACCGUCUCCCCUGCCUCGUCCCUGCAGCCCAAUCAAGCCCAUGAACCUCAGGCCACCCACCUGGGGUGAGGCCCGGAGUGCCUCGGCCCAGCUCAGUGAGCCAGCGUCUGUCCGCUCUCCAUCCCCCGUUAAAGGACCCACCAAGAUUCCUGUCCGGCUGCUGCCAUCCCGCCCCCCAACUCCAGGAAGAAACUUUCUGGGGACUGCAAAUGGAGGUUCUAAGACAGAAUCAGGGAAUGGUCCCAUCCCAUUAAAGGCCAUCUCUGGGGACUUGUCUGGGUUCAGACAUGGGGUCUGCCUUGUGAAAGGGAAGCAAGGGGACCAGAAGCCAGACAUCUGGGUGACAGGAGAGUCUGGAGAGCGCCAGGGUCUGGGCGCACAGGAGCAGGAGGGGAAAUCCCCUCCCCUGUCCCUGGGCAGGACCAAGGAGCAAGCCAUCUACCACAGCCUUGAGGAGGAGCUUUUGGCCAACAUGAAGCUGCUGGAGGUGGGGGGUACCCGUCCCCAGAGCACAGGGACUGGGGUCAUCCCUCGAAGCGGAGUUUAUGUGCCCAGCCUGGGUGGGCGGUGGCCUGAGCCUGGGGGUCCUUAUGACAAAGUUAUCCAAGAACUGGCUCGGGGUCCCCCGCCCCUCCUUAAAGUGGAUCUAGGGGCCUGGAAGGCAGUUCCUGUGGGCUCCCCCAAGCUGGCUGUUACUACAGGCCCGGGCAGCCCAAAAGGGAAACCGGGAACCAGAGAAAGUGAAACAAGCAGAAAGGCGUGCCUGGGUGCCAAGGGCAUCUGCAAGAGGACACCACCUCCUGGACGGCAGGGCUGCUCCGCCCUUCCUGUGUCUGCUAACCCAGAGAGCCCCACACCUUCACCCUCAGAGCCCAGUUCCAACAAAGCCAAGGCAUGUCCAAGCAAGGGCAAGAGAACACUCCGGAAGCCACAAAGAGUUCCCUCCAUCUACAAGUUGAAGUUGAGACCCAGGAUUCGGCCCAGGAGAGACCACAGGCCUGAGAAGCGGCCUUCACGGAUCCCCAAGCCGCUGGCCUACCUCCACCUGGGUUCAGCCAAGGUGCCCCCCAGGGGCAGACUAGUGAGAGCAGCGCUGGGCAACAAGGGAGGGGAGGCAGCUGUGGUGGGUGGAGCCUCAGCAGGGCAGGAGGAAGGAAAGGAGAGGAAAGAGCCAGUCACCUCACUGGAGAGCACUCCUUGGCCUUCGGAGGGCCUGGGGCCUCAGCAGCUUGAUCAAGCCCCACUCCCACCUGAGGAGGAGUCCUGGGUCUGAGGGGCUCUUCA